CCAGCAAUGUCCUCUUAGAUGAAGACAUGGUUGCACAUUUAGGUGACUUUGGCAUAGCGAAAAUCUUGACUCUACAGAACCAGGCAGCACAAACAGAUACAUUAGGCACCAUUGGGUACAUGGCACCAGAGUAUGGAGCGGCCGGAAUAGUUUCUGCAAUGGGGGAUGUUUACAGCUAUGGGAUUCUUUUAGCAGAAACUUUUACAAGAAAGAAGCCCACAGAUGAAAUGUUCUCUGGAGAGCUAACAAUGGAAAGAUGGAUUUCUGAAUCAUUUCCUGGGAACAUUAUGCAGAGAAUGGAUGGCAAUUUGGUGGUGGAGGGUGAAGAGAAUUUUGCAGUGAAGCAAAUUUGCCUGAAAUCAAUCAUGGAGUUGGCUCUUCAAUGCACACAGGAUUUGCCUGAGAAUAGAAUCAACAUGAAACAAGUAGUAGAUGCACUCAAGAAGAUCAUCUACAAGUUCCACCACAACUCCAAUGCCUGAAAACUGCUCAAUAUUGAAAAUUCACUGCAAUAAACUCUUUUCUA